AUGUCUCAGCCGAAGAUUACAUUCUACGUGGACAUUGUGAGCCCGUUUGCCUACAUUGCUUUCCACGUCCUCAAGAAUUCAAAGGCCUUCAAACAGGUCGAGGUGCAAUAUGUGCCGAUCCUGCUUGGGGGUUUGAUGAAGGUCUGUGGGAACACACCGCCGCUGAACAUUAAGAACAAAGACAAGUGGAUCAAUACGGAGCGCCAGCGCUUGUCGAAACAGUUCAACGUGCCCAUCCUGCAAGAUGCUCCGCCUGGCUUCCCUGUCAGCACAUUGCCCAUUCAGCGCGCCCUGGUAUCUCUCUCGCUCUCUCACCCACAAAAACUUGAACGCGCAAUAGAGCUCUGCUACGAAAAUUUCUGGGCGCACUGGAACGACCCGACUAAGCCGGAGAAUCUGCAGGCUAUCCUUGGGACUGUUUUGGGCAGUGACGAAGAGGCGCAAAAGGUGAUCGCGAGGACGAAGACCGAUGAGGUGAAGCAGGCUCUGGGUGGAAACACUACCAAGGCGUUUGAAGACGGCGCCUUUGGGCUGCCAUGGUUUGUCGCUACCAACGCGAGAGGAGAGACUGAGGGGUACUGGGGCGUCGAUCACAUGGGUCAGCUAUGUGACCAUUUGGGUCUGGAGAGGCCGUCUAGCAAGGAAUGGCGCUCAUUGCUGUAA